GAACCACGAUGUGGUUUUAUCAGUAUUUAUGAUUUUCACAUACAUUUUGUAAUUAGCUUUAGUGUAUGUAAUUUAUAUAGUUAGAAAAAUGUGCCAGCUUUUCAUACAUAGCUUUUAGCUUUUUGUAAAGGUAAUCAUUGAUUUGCUCCUCCUAUUUUUUUCUAUUUAUUCAGUAGUGUAUAAAGAGCAUUAGCACUGCUGAUAGAAGAGGAAUAGUUUGACACAAGACAAACUGGCUGGCAAUGGCUGGAGGUUCUCACUUCAUUUGGAUUCCCUUCCUUCUCUCCUGUGUCUUUCAAGCUUCUGACAACAGACAUGUCCAUCAGGAUGUGAAUAGUUUAAUUGGUCCUACAGGAAAUUCAGAGGUGGAGUCCAUCCUUUCAAAGAUCCCAAUAACUAUACCAGAAGGAAUAGAUCCCAAGAAUAUAAAUGUAACGUUAGUUUCUAUCAGAACUUGUGCUGAUUUGAAGGAACAGCUGACGCUGCUUAACAGGCAGCUUCAACAGACAACUCUCCACAACAGCCACCUAGAGAAUGAAGCCUUUGGGUUGAGGAGGGAAUCCAGAUUGCUGAAACAGCAGCUUGCUGCAUGCAGUUCGACAGCCUCAGCUAUUACUGGCUCUUAUCAAACCCAAUUACACAACAAAAUGAAACAGCUUCUGGAGACAUUUGAUAGUGACACAUUUCUGAUUCUGAAAACCAUUGCUCUCACCAGGGAAGUGAAUACAUUACAGAAGAAGGUCAAACAUGCUGCUAAUUCUACUGAAACUACUAUUGAAAUCCAAGUGCUGAAGAGAGAGCUGCAAGAGAAAAUCAAUGAACUGAAUGAAAAGACACAGGAGAUUGAAAGAAGCCACACUAACUCAUUACUGAUUCUUCAGAUCAUCUCACUGCAAAAUCAGAUCUGGGAUUUGGAACAGGCAAUAUCAAGAAGAGGAGAAGCUAGCCUUCAACUGGACAAGGGAAUUCUGGCUCUACAAGGCCAACUGGACAAGAAGCUCAGUGAGCUGCGAGGCAAAGGAGAUGCCGACUCAGUUAUGCUGGAGCUGAUAUCAGUGCACAGUAAGAUUGCAGUGAUGCAGAGGCUCAUCCGUGUCCACAUUGAGGAAUCCAGAACUAAUACUGCUGAUUACCAGAGGCAAUGGAGGCAAAAAGCUGAGCUCCUUAAAAAGAAGAUUUUACAGUUGAAUCGAGAUGAGAAUAACACUGAACUUACCAAGGAAAUUUUGAAACUGCAAGCAGAGGUGGAGAACUUAAGACAGUUAAUGAUAAAUGCUAAAAUCACAACUGAUUCCCAACUUACAGAGCUAAGAGUUAUUUUGGAGCGGGAGAAGAAACAGCAAGAAAUCUUGGAGAAACAACUGGAGGAAGCGGAGUAUGUCCAGGCACAGCUGAUCAUGAAAAUCAUCAGCAUAAUGAAAGAGGUGAGAGAGCUGCAGGUUGAUGAGCAAGACCAGACAACAUCAACAAGUCAAGCCACCACUCUUCAGACUCUGCUUCAAGCCAAAGAAAUUGAAUAUGCCAAAGCUCAGGAUGAAAUAAAUGAGCUGCGGAGGAAACUGCAAUUAAAGAGUCAACAAUGCUCUGGUCUUGAGGGAAGAUAUGAGCAUGUAAAUACUGAAUUUGAACAGAAGAUUUUAGAACUGAACAGAACCGGGGACUUCAAAUCAGCACUCAUUCUGAACGUGAUGAAACUAUAUGAUGAGCUGAAGACUCUGAGGGAUCAGAUCUCCACCUCAGAAGACCCAGAGAGGAUAUCAGAGCUGCAGAGGCAACUGGAGGAAAAGCAAGACGAACUGAACUUCAUGACUGACGAUAUAGAGAGACUGAUUGCAAACCCAAAAAGAAUUUUAACAAUCAUAGAGCUGCAGAACGACAUGUGGGACCUUGAGACAAAGGCUGCCAAUGACACCACUGGCGACUAUGUAAAAGAGUUGCAGAACAGAGUCGAUGGCCUAAUCAGUGAAAUAGAUGACAAAGGUGACAAAAAAACAAAACUGAUGCUGAAAAUCAUAACCCUGCAGAGUCAGGUGGAGCAGCUGCAGAGUCAGUUGUCAGACAUCCAGAUGUUACGACCCACUCACAUAACCCAGCUCAGAAAUGAUCUUACGACUAAGAGGAAUGAGCUACAGAAAUAUGUCAACGAGCUGAAUGAGAAGAAUCAAACAAACACCAGGUUGAUUCUUACAGUCACCGAUCUGCGCAACCAACUCAGAAACCUAGAAAGAGAACGAAACAACAACAACAAUAUCAAAUCAUCAUUAACAAAGCUGAGGGAACAACUGAAGGCAAGCAUGGCGCAGCACUCUCGCGAUCAAGCUGAGCUUAGGGAGCUGCAGAGCAAACUGCAAUUAAAGAGUCAACAAUGCUCUGGUCUUGAGGAAAGAUAUGAGCAUUUAAAGACUGAAUUUGAACAGAAGAUUGUAGAACUGAACAGAACCAGAGACUCCAAAUCAGCACUCAUUCUGAACGUGAUAAACCUGCAUGAUGAGCUGAAGACUCUGAGGGAUCAGAUCACCACCACAGAAGACCCAGAGAGGAUCUCAGAGCUACGUAGGCAAGUGAAGGGGAAGCAAGACGAACUGAACACCAGGACUGCAGACAUAGAGAGACUUAUUGCAAACCCAAAAAUAGUUUUAACAAUCAUUGAGCUGCAGAAUGAGAUUUGGGAUCUUGAGAAAAAGGCCGCCAAUAGUGGCCGUGUGAAAGAGAUGCAGAACAGGGUGGAUGACCUUAUCAGUCAAAUAGAAGACGAAGGCGGCGAAAACACAAAACUGAUGCUGAAAAUUCUGAUGCUUCAGAGUCAGGUUGAGCAGCUGCAGAAGCGGUUGUCAGACGUCAACACAUUACAAACAUCGCAAGUAACCGAGCUCGCAAAUGAUCUCACAACUAAGAAGAGAGAGCUGCAGGAAUAUGUCAGUGAGCUGAAAGAGAAGGAUCUGGCAAACGCCAAAUUAAUUCUGACAGUCACUGAUCUGCACAACCAACUCAGAAAUCUAGACAAAUUAAAGAACGAGGGCCAAGCUGCUACUGCUACAAUUACUAAGCUGAAAGAACAACUGAAGGCAAAAGUGGAGGAGCACGCACAAGAUCAAGCUAAGAUCAAGGAUCUGCAGAAUCAGCUGACGCAGACAGAGGCACAGUGUUCCAGUUUUGACCAAACACUUAAAGAUCUGCAGAAUGACCUGGAUUCCAAAAUGAAGGAACUGCAGAACAAAUCUGACACUGUUACUACGCUUGCUCUUCAGGUUUCUACAUUAACCCUGCAACUGGAGGAGCUAAAGAGACAACUGCAAAACACUGAAUCUGAAAGUAAAAUAAAAGAGCUCCAAAAAAUAAUAGAUGAGAAAACAAAUGAGUUGGCCAAAAAAACAUUGGAGCUAAAUGCAAGAAGUGCUCAGCCACAAAGAUUUCUGCAGAUUAUUGCAAUACAAACAGAGAUUGAGAGGUUGUCGAAUCUGGCAAGAAAUGACACAGAUUACGAGAAGAUUAGAGGACUCCAAAACCAUUUGAACUAUUUGAUUUCCGGAAUUCAAGAUGAAAACAGUGAAAAUACUAAACUGAUGUUUAAAAUCUUGGCUGAACAAGAUGAAAUAGCAAAACUGAAGAGGCAACAAGUGAAACAGACUGAAGAAAAAUUGAAGGAAAUUAAAGAUCUGGAGAAUGAACUAGAGGAUGUCAGAAAUCAGAUAAAAGAAAAGACACUGGUGCUGCACACCAGUGACUUGACGAUUGCUAACUUGUCGGCUCAGAUUAUGGAACUUCACAAGAAAAUCAAACCACUUGAAGAAGCCAUAUCAAUCAUUAAAGAAGAAAAUGCUGAAAACCUCGAAGAGAUUCAGAAGAGACUGGAUUUGACGAAGAGGCAACUGCAAGACAGCGAACAUCUACUUAAGGAAGCAGAUGCAAAUAAUUUUAAAUCAAUAAUGGAGAUUUCUGAUCUGAGGGCAAAACUGAAAAAGGCUCAGAAACUGGCAUCCAGAGCUUCUGGAAAAGAUAUCAGCGAGUUGGAACAACAAAUACAAACACUGAAAAAAGAGAACAGAAAUCUUGAAAACACAAAUAAAGACUUAAAGCAAGAGGUCCAAGAACUGAAAAUGUGCUGCUCUGAUGUCAACACCCAUUGUGACGAUUUACAAAGACAACUGCAACAGAGCCAUGAGGAUGCGGAUCGCCUACAGCAGCAGCUGCUUGAGAAGGAUGGCAAGCUCGACCAGCUGCAGCAGGAGUUAGAAAAACAAACCAGGGAGUAUAACAAACUGCAGGACGACUACAUCAAUCUUCAAAACAAAGUGGCUGAUGUUGAAGAUAAUACAAUCUUUGCCAGGAAGAUGACCUUGGAUCCAAACACAGCAAACCCAAGAAUAGUUCUGUCUGCAGAUAACACAGAGAUGUCCACUACUGAAGCAAUACAAAAUAUCCCAGACAAUCCAGGCCGGUUUGAUGUGGCUCUCGGUGUCCUGGGCAGUACUGGAUUCUCAAGUGGCAGACAUUACUGGGAGGUGUCUGUAGCUGGGAAGCUUUGUUACCAUCUUGGGAUGGCUAGUGAAUCUGCUGAAAGAAAGGGAAGUAUAACAUUCAGGCCGACAAAUGGUUUCUGGACCAUAGUUCUGAACAAGCAGGGUCAGUAUAAAGCUAUUGAUAAGCGGUCUGUUAUUAUUCCAGUUGAGACGCAACCUCUGACACUGGGCAUUCUGCUGGACUACAAAAAGGGACAAGUCUCUUUUUAUGAUGCUGGUGCCAGAUCUCAUAUGUACUCAUUUGUAGGUCAAACAUUUACAGAUAAGAUCUAUCCAUUUAUCAAUUUUUGUGUUGAGGACAUUGAAAGUUCUACUCCAAUAGUGUUGCUUUCUCCUGGAUCAGUUGACUGGCUAGAGGAACGGAAAAUGGCGGACCUCGAAGACGUUACCCUGGACGGGAGACCGCUCCAGUCCCUUCGAGUAGCGGAUUUAAAAGCUGCUCUUGAGGAGAGAGGACUUUCGAAAAGCGGGCAGAAGAAUGCUCUCAUUAAAAGACUCAAAGGGGCUCUCAUGCUGGAGAAUCUGCAGAGGACCUCCACCCCUCAUGCUGGACUGCAGCCAAACUCACAGAUUGGUGAGGAAAUGAGCCAGAACAGCUUUAUCAAGCAGUAUCUGGCUAAACAACAGGAGCUCCUAAGGCAGCGUCUGGAGAGAGAGGCUCGUGAAGCAUAUGAAACAAAUGACCAAGAGGACCACACAGAAGUUAAUAACAGUACCUCAUGCCCUCCCCAGCCCCAGGAUGUCACACCAGCUGUGGCUGAGCAGCACAAGCCACCAGGCCCCUCUGGUGCAGAGGGAUUGUUUGGUGCAGUGAAUGAGGGAGAGGGUAACAGGAACCAGGAGGCUGCCAUUUCCGGUCCUCCUGCUUCUGGCUCUGUGGCCAUGCGGGUUCCUGGUGGUGAGCAGCGGCCAGAGAGAGGUUCUGCAUCAAACGAAGUCGCUGCUGAUAGUGACGACGAGGAUAGUGAUGAUGGCGAGGAGGAUGGUGACGAUGAUGACUGGGACAGUGGUGCUCGGAGGAGAAACCUUAGAGAGCCAGCCAGAGUGCCCACAACUAGAGAGAGGUCUGGAGCAUCCUGUCAACCCCAGCAGCAACACAUGCCUUCCCUUUUGUCCCCUCAACUCCGCCAGCCAACACCUCCUCCCUCCCCACCCCCAGAGUUAUCAUUCCCAUUGCCUGACACCCCUAAGCAGAGCCCCCCCAGUCCAGAUGUAGCCCCAGCGAGGCGCUCACCCAGUACCUCCAGCUCUGGUUCCUCCAGCAGCGGCAGCCGCAGUAGCAGUCCAGAGCCACAGAGGAGUGGACAUGCUGAGCGCAAACCUGGCCCGCUCACCCUUCUGGCACGUAAGAUGGCAUCAGAAGGUGCUUUUUCUGGUGCAGGUUGGCACGGGGGCAAUGGGGAAGGCAAUAGGCAGGACAGCAGUUCACCUUCGGCUACAUCAUUUCCUGGCAGAGGGCCUCCAGAGGGUCUGGUGUCUGCCAUCACUCACACUGCCAACACUGCAGGCCACGUGCCAUUUCCCAUGAUUCCAGGCACCAACCAGGGUGUCGCAGGAGCACAUUCGUCCCAUAUUCAAGUACCUGUGAGUGUGCUCAAGGCCACUGCAACAGAAGAUAGGGACAGAGAGAGAGACGCUGAGGUAGAAAGAGAAAAGGCACUUGAGCUGGAAAGGCAAGAGAAGCAGAGGAAACUUGAGCAAGAACGAGCAUUGGAGGAAGAGCGGGAAAGGGCUCUUGCACUGGAGAGAGAGGAAAGAGAGAGAGCUCUGGAGAAAGAGAGAAUUGAACGACAGCAGGCCUUAGAGAGAGAAGAAAAAGAAAAGGCUUUGCAGCGGGAGAGGGAACUUGCUCUAGAACGAGAAAGGCAGGAGAAGGAGCUAGCUUUGGCUAAAGAGAGGGAAGAACGAGAGCAAGCCUUAGCAAAAGAGAGGGCCCUGGAGCUUGAGAGGCAGAAGGAACUUGAAAGACAGAGAGCACUGGAGCAAGAACGUCUGCAGAGAGAAAAAGAGGAGAGAGAGAAGCGAGAAAGAGAAGAAAUGGAGAAAGCGAUGGAACUAGAAAGAGCCAAGGCUUUGGAGCAGGAAAGGAAGGAGAAAGAGAGGGCUCUUGAGCAAGAGAGGUUAGAGAGGGAAAGAGCUUUGGAGGCUGAGAGGAAGGAGAAGGAGAGGGUCGAGAGAGAAAAGGCUUUGGAGCAGGAAAGGGAAAGGUUAGAGAAGGAGAAAGCCUUAGAGCAAGAGAGAAUAGCGAAGGAGAAAGCUUUGGAGCAAGAGAGGCUAGAAAGAGAGAGAGCCCUGGAACAAGAGAGACUAGAGAAAGAGAAAGCCAUAGAGCGAGAGAGAAUUGAGAGAGAGAAAGCCAUAGAGCGAGAGAGAAUCGAGAGAGAGAAAGCCUUAGAGAAAGAGAGAAUCGAGAGAGAGAAAGCCUUAGAGAAAGAGAGAAUCGAGAGAGAGAAAGCCUUAGAGAAAGAGAGAAUCGAGAGAGAGGAAGCCUUAGAGAAAGAGAGAAUAGAAAGAGAAAAAGUUCUAGAGCAAGAAAGGUUGGAGAGGGAGAAAGCCCUCGAGCAAGAGAGGUUAGAGCUUGAGAGGAAGGAAAAGGAGAGAAUUCAGAGGGAGAAAGCAUUGGAGCAGCAGAGGUUAGAGAAGGAAAAGGCCUUGGAACGAGAGAGGGAGGAAAAACAGAGGGUGGAGAGAGAGGCAGCUCUGAAACAGGAGAGGAUGGAGAAGGAAAGAGCCGAGAAAGAGAGAAAGGAGAGGCUGGAGAGGGAGAAAGCUCUAGAGCAGGAGAAACUUGAAAGGGAGAGAGCCUUGGAGAAGGAAAGGAAGGAGAAGGAGAGGGCUCUCGAACGUGAGAGGUUAGAGAAAGAGAAAGCCAUUCAGAAAGAAAAGGAGGAACAGGAAAAAGAGAGAGCUAGGAUGGCUGAAAAGGAGAGGGAGAGUCACCUCCCUCCAUCCAAACGUGGCCGUGAGAUUGGUCUCACCCCCCUGCCCACUCCUCCCCCCCUCUCCACAGGACCAGGUAGAAAGUCAUCGACUGAGGCAGGAGAGCAGGAAGACGUCCGUGCUCCAAUGUCCCGGAGUGAAGCAGCAGAAUCCGGUGCACCCGUGUCACCGACACCUCUGUCGCCUCAGUCCUCAUUCAAGAAGUUCCGGUUCUUAAGGGACACCCCACUUCAACCGCAAUCUUCCUCCACUUCUAUGGUUAUCAAGCGGCCCCGUAACUUCUCUGAUACCCCCCAGCCUCAGGCUUCACCUGUCUCCUCCUCUGCCAAUGUCGGGGAACAACAGCAGGAAGGAAUCCACCCCUACACUGAACAGGAGGUUGUUGCUGGGCCACCUGGAGCAGUGGGGAUCCAGCCCAGUGUUAAUACCACACUAGUCAAGAGUCCCAAAAAAGAAGGGACCACAAGCCUCAUAUCCGAGAAUAAAGAAAAAGCAGAUUCAGUGAAGAUGGAAAAGGCUGCCAAGGAAUCCACCAGAAAAGCAGAAGAAGUGGAUGAAAGUAAGGGCCCUUCAAGGCCUGUGGAUACUGCAAAGCAGAGAGCAAGAGAUGCAAACAAGGAAGAAAAACAAGCACGACAAAGAUCAUCGUCUAAUGAUUCCUCUUCCUCAGAAUCGGACUCUGGGUCCUCAUCAUCUCGGUCCUCUAGCUCAUCUACAUCCUCUCUUGAGAAAACCUCCACUUCAAGAGGUAGAAGGGAAGGGAAACAUGACAGAGAUUCUUCUCCACAGCAGAAGGUGACAUUAGAGGCUCAGGCUGAGGCUUCAAAGGAAACUCCAAAAGCCUCCCCUUGCAAAAGAGAGGUGUCUGUAGAGAAGAGUAACAAAACUGCUGAUGGAGACAGUCACAUCAAGAAACCGUUCUCUGAAGCAUCGAUCAGCGAGGAGACACAAAGGAAGAGAAAGGACAGCGAGGGAGAGGAGGGAAAGGACAAACAAAGGCAGGUGAAGGAGACUGCCAUGGCAGAGCCAGAGAAGCUUCCAGAGACCAGCGAGGAGACACCAAAGGCCUUCUCAGCGCGUAAGAUCUCUCUUAGCAGCAGUAAAUCAUCCCCAGGCACUGGCAGUGUAGAGGGCGAGCAGGAGUCUGGGGCCGCAGCCGGUCGCAAGAGGAGGUGGGGCUCCAGCACAGCUGUCACUGCCAAGAAACCUUCCAUCAGCAUCACCACAGAUUCACUCAAGUCUCUUAUCCCAGACAUUCGGCCAUGUCUCGGUCAGGAAGCAGUAGUGGACCUGCACCCGGAGGAAGCUGUCCUUUCUGGGGCUGAGGAUGAAGAGAGGGAGCGCUCCGACCAGGACCUGCAGAUUCGACGCACUGUCACACAGGUGGUGCACUCAGAGAGUCAGGAGAAUGGACAGAAAGAGGCAAAGAGGGGUAGACAUGAGGAUUUGGAGGAGGAAGACCCACGGGGAGACAGAGAGAAGACAAGGGAGCAUGAAGAGAAGAUGGACACCUCAUUUCCUGAAGCCAUGGAAACCCAGUCUCCAUCACAUACCAGCCAUGAUGUAGAAAUCAACACUGUGACCCCCAGCGACACUCUCAUUCGUCGCUCCAUCAGCCAGCAGAAAACCGGUGUUUCCAUCACAAUCGAUGACCCUGUUCGCACUGCCCGGCAGCCCUCGCCACCUCGUGGCAAAGUCUCCAGCAUUGUUCACAUCAGCAACCUGGUGAGGCCGUUCACUCUUGGGCAGCUUAAGGAACUGCUCGGCAGAACUGGCACCCUGGUGGAGGAGGGCUUCUGGAUUGACAAAAUCAAGUCUCACUGCUACGUCACUUACUGUAGCUCUGAGGAGGCAGUCGCUACACGGGCAGCUCUUCAUGGAGUGAAAUGGCCUCAGAGCAACCCAAAAGUCCUUAGUGUAGACUUCUGCCAGCAGGAUGAGCUGGACUUCCACAAAGGCUUGGGUACAGCCGACAGACCCGGAGCAGAGGAGCAGGGGCCGCCUGGCUCCGGUCGUGGUCGAACAUCGGGCUUGCCCUCUCUCCUCCCAGAGCGAGACCAGUGGGCCGAGCGUGAGCGUGAGAUGGAGCGGCGGGAGAGGGCUCGAGCAGAGCGGGAGUGGGAUCGCGACAAAGUAAGAGAGUUUGGGAAACCCGGAGAAGAGAAGGAGGGAGGUCCCCGGAGGUCACGGUCCAGAGAGAGACGACGCAAAGAGAGGGGAAAGAGCAAGGAGAAGAAGACUGAGAAGAAAGAGAAAACAGCUGAGGAUCCCCCUGCAAAGCUGCUUGAUGAUCUGUUCCGUAAAACGAAAGCAGCUCCUUGCAUAUACUGGCUUCCACUUUCAGAGGAACAGUUUGUUCAACGGGAAGCUGCCAGAGCCGAGCGUAUGAAAGAGCGUGAGAAGCGGAGGAAGGAGCAAGAAGAGGAGGAGGAGAAAAAAAGGGAAGAGGAGCGCAAGGAGAGGAUGAAAGCCGCAGCCGGCACAGCAGGAGAGCGGAGUGAGGGUGAGAAGGACAAGGACAGAGACAGAGAGAGGGACAGAGACAGAGACCGAGGUAGAGACAGAGACAGGGAGAGAGAGAGGGAGAGGGAGAACGACAAACGCAGGGAUGGCUACCGUAGGCCGGGGGGCAGCGGGACAGGCGGGGGCAGACGCUCCCGCAGCCGCAGCGACCCGCGAGAAAGGCGGCGUUAAUGGCCGAUCGACUGAUGGAACUGUCCCAGAGACCACCCUCUUCCAUUUGCCUUUCACUACAUGUACUUUGUUAAAACUAAGACCCAACAGAGGACCAACUGAUGUCAUCACCAUCUCUCAAAUUGUCACCUUUUUUAAAGCACAUCUAGGCCGACACAGUCAUGCUUGAAGGGGACCAUGAUUUUAUGCAGUGUUGUUUCCCCAGAGUGCUGUACGUCUCGCUCCUAUCAAGGUUUAAUAUAUUUUCUUUAUACAUUGUGCCUGUUGGGUUUUUUGUUGGUUUUUUUGUCUUGUCUUGACGGCACAACAGUAUGGCGCGCUGGGUAAUUUUAAUAAUUUCCCCCAAUGUUUCCCAUUUUCCCCUAAACAUAGGUGCCAAUUAUGAUUUGCAAUCAGUUGUCGUCGACUCAGUGUUUAACAACACAACGCAAUUUGGAUGAGGAAUCCUUUUGUUGAUGCAUGUAGUCCAAGGCUCUCCUCGCCAGUCCUGCCUAAAGAGAAAACUCGGCCUCUGUGCAGAGGCUUGCAAAAAUAUAAAAAUAUUGGAAUAGGUGUGUUUGGCAUUUUGUACAGACAUAUAAGAUUACUCAAAAUCAAGUCUUUAAAUAGGGCAGCUCGGGGGUAUUUUUGGACAGGUGUGGAAUAACUACUAAGGCUGUUGCAGUGUUCCUCUCUCCCUCUAUUUAGUUAAGAGAUGAGACAAUUCUCUGUGGAGGAGAAUCUAUGUCACACCUGACACGAGUUAUGAUUAUGUCCUUAUCGAUUCUCUUUUUUCUCCUUCCUUUCCUCUUCCUCCCGUUCUCUUCCUGUAGUGUCGAUACAGGCACAAGAGGGGAGGUUGCAUUAUAUGUUUUCUCACCAAUGAUUUUAAUAUUGUUU